GUCUCAGACGCCCCCAUGUUCGGCUCCAGCGACCCCGACGCCCAAGAGCGGCUGCUCCGUGCGCCGCUGAACCCGCAGCAAGCGGCCGCGAGCAACGCCGGCAACCCUGGCGGCAUCCGGCAGCAGGAGAUCGGCGACGUCAGCGGCUUCACGUCGCUCUCGAACCUCUCGGCGCCCGCCACAUAUUGGCAAAAGAUGAAGAUGAUGGAGGCGGCGACGCUCAUGCGCUACCUGCGCUACGCGAACGUGGUGCUGGCGGUGCUGCAGGCGCUCGCGGGCUUCCUGGGGCUCUUCAACCUCGUGGUGCUGGACAUCACGUGCUUCCUCAUCUCGGUCUACGCCAUCAUCUUCGCGCUGCUGCUGCUGGCGUUCGAGUGCCGCUUCAAGCACAUGGAGCCGUGGAUCCGCCAGCAGUUCGGCUUCCUGUUCACGUAUCGCGGCCGCACGGCCUUCAUCUUUAUCGUGGGCUUCAUGGACUUCGGCAUGGAGGGCUCGCUGCCCUAUUUUGUGGGCAUCCUCAUGUGCGGUAACGCCAUCCUGAGCCUGCUCAUCAUGCUCUUCCACCCGCAGUUCCGCGAGGGAACGCUGGACAUGGACAUGGACCCCACGGUGACGUACCGCCCCGCUGCCGAGGAGACGGAGACGCUGCUGCGUCAACACGACGGACUUGCGUCCAAGGCGGGGGCAUUCGUGCUGCAUGAGGCGGAGGAGCACCCGGAGUUCAUGGCCAAGAUGGCUCAGUCGUACGCCUCCAAGCACGGAUACGUGCCCCCCGCGCAGAAGUAGCGAUCAAGCCGUGAGCUCGCGUGGUUCAAACCUCCUUUUUCCUAUGU